AUGGAUAGUUCAGAUAGUCCAAAUCUACAACUUCUGCUGAAGUUUGACUGGGAGCUAAAUCACAGGCGUUUUGGAGAUAACAUUUUUCACGUCAUUGCUAAAAAAGGAUGGUUGAAGAUGCUGUAUGCACUCGAGGGGUUCGUGGAUGAAACGGUCAAGCCAUGGCUGCGAGAGCGGAACAAGGACGGCAAUACCUGCCUCCACGAAGCAGCGUGGCAAAAUAAAGGACAGCAAGCAAUAAAAAUAAUGGAACAGUUAGUGGAAUAUGGAGCAGAUCUGAAUUUAAAAAGUUCCUGUAAGACACCUGUACUUCACGUGGCAGUUGAAAAAGAAGACCAUGAACUAGCUGCAUGGAUAUGUCAGCAACCAGGCAUCGAUUUGGAAGCUAAAAAUUUCUCAAAAUACACGGCGUACCAAUGGGCAUCGAAAAAAUGUCUCAGGAGUGACAAAAAAAUGAUGGAGAUACUUAAAACCCAUGGUGCAAUUCUUCGAGAAGAUAGCGACAGCGAAAAAGAAGAAGAGUAAUUUCGAAUAGUUACUGGAACUUUGAAAAAUAAAUAGUGUGGUUAUAACUGUUGUGUACGUGUCGCGAAUUGCAUAUGUGUGUUUUAUUAGUAAGUGAUAAGUGCUAGAUAUAGACAAUGUAGCCUAAGUUAGUGGGUUUAGAAUAACGUGCAUGUUAAUUUAUGUAAAAUUAGUUCAUAAAGAUUAAAAAGCAACUGUAAUCUAAACGAUAGUCUAACUACUGUAACCAUAGCUUAUAAAUAUCUAGUUGCGAAUUUUCAUGUUUAUUUUUGACCGGAGUGUCAUUUAUCACAUCCGAUACGGACGAACAAAAACCGAACAUUGUUAGAUCGUUAUUGGUAUAUAGUUAUAUUGUAAUUUACUAUUUGUAGCUUUUUUCUAAAUUGUUGUAUCGUGUAAGUUUUUGGGUUAUAUUUUACUUUUCAUUUUUAUAAUAAAGACAUCGAGAAUUAGAACGUUGUUUUUUUUUCAAUUCAAUACUAUAUUAUACUCAUAACUCUGAUCCCAGUAUCGAUAGUAAAAUAUAAUUAGACUCCUUGAUUCACUUCUAGCACCAAUGUAGGCUAUUCCUAUUAUUGUGCAUCUGAACUAAUAAUUACUCAAUUGGUUUGUAUCUGAGAUUAUGCUUCUAACUGUAUGACGAUAUAUUUACGUAUAUCCAGCACUAUUUCAAGGCUAUAAAAUUUUCUAAGUCAUUUAACGUACCAUACUAAGCUUUCACUGACACUCUAUGUUCAGUAAUAAAGCUACAGAAAUCUAAUCAUAAUCACUAU